AUGCCGAAGAACAAGGGAAAAGGAGGAAAGAACAGGAAGAGAGGAAAGAACGAAGCUGAUGACGAAAAGCGUGAGCUUGUGUUCAAGGAAGAUGGGCAAGAAUAUGCCCAAGUACUUAGAAUGCUGGGUAAUGGUCGGUGCGAGGCUAUGUGCAUCGAUGGGACAAAGAGGCUGUGUCAUAUCCGAGGAAAAAUGCACAAGAAAGUUUGGAUUGCUGCAGGAGACAUUAUACUCGUUGGUCUCAGAGAUUAUCAGGAUGACAAAGCUGAUGUGAUCCUCAAGUACAUGCCCGAUGAGGCCAGGCUUCUCAAGGCUUAUGGUGAGCUGCCUGAGAAUACCCGUCUUAAUGAGGGCAUUGCUGGAGGCCUUGAGGAUGAAGACGAGGGUGCUGGUGAUGAUUACAUCGAGUUCGAGGAUGAAGAUAUCGACAAGAUAUAAAGAAAUUUCAACUUUGUUUGAUUUGAAGUUUUAUGUUAUAAAAAAAGGCAUUAUUUCUAUGUUGGCUUUCUGCAUAUGAAGAAGGUUUGAAUUUUACAGGUUCUGCACAGGCCUUGAUCGAUGUUAACAACAUCUUUCCUUAACUAAUACAUGGAUAUCUAUAGUCUUUGUACUUCA